AGUUUUCUUUAAGAAGGCCAACAGGAUAUAGGCAUGACACACACCGUCACAUACUGAUAAUAAUGAUGAAAAAACCCUGUGUGUUGUUAUUUUUAUGUUGCACACUGCAGCUUUAAAACUUCUUAGGUCUCUAUGUUUGAACCUUAAUGGCUUCGUGAUUAAAUACAUACACACUAUUCUCUCAGAUUCUCUUCUAAACUUCUAAACACUCAUAAGCAGUUACUCUGAACUAAAAGCGCUGCAUGUCUCUCGUUGGCUGUGCGCUCCGAGGCGUCACCAUCUGUCAUCCAGCAGCAGCGCUUCAUGCAUGCGUCCACCCCGGGUCUCCUCCCAUUGUAGAAACAGCUGUAGACCAUGAACCGUGGAGUGCGGGUCUGAUACGGAUUACCUGGAUACCGGCCGUUUAGUCUGGGUGGGCAUCAACCAGCGAGCGAGCAGAGAGGGACCAUUUCUUUGAUUCUUUUUCUCAGAAUAAAGAACUUUAUCCGAGAGUCUUUUUUGCAUGGAAACAUUUCCCAGAUCACCAGCCAUGGCGAACCGGCUUUUUCACAUUCUGCAUUUAUUGGUGAUUCUGCAGUCUACCUGGGGUAAAGUCGUAACUGAGGAUCUUGGUGAAGACGUGCGUCAAGGUGGCGAUGUCCCGUCGCCUGAAGAGCAGCGCGUCUUUGCGCACGAAAGCGCAAACCGGGACAUGGUCUCCAUCAACAUGUUCAAAGUGUACGAGAAGUACAGUAAAGAGCCGCAGAGCCAGAAGGACGGAAACACCGUGAGAAGUUUCAAAGCUGUCCCGAGAGUCUUGCAAGGCAAAGACGUGUUCCAAUUCAACUUAUCCUCCAUCCAAGACUCGGAGGUCAUCCUCUUUGCCUCUUUUCACUUCCUCUACAAACGCCCCCGCCACCACCAGCGACCGUGGCAUUUCCGAAGGCCUCGCCACCCGUCUGGCAGCCUCCAGCAUCCAUAUCCUCCCUCGUCACAGCUUCUCUUCCAUGGAUCUUCCCCAAACUCUGCUUUUGCAACACCACUGGGAAACGUAACUUUGACCCCUUUCAAGAAAGGCUCUUGGCAAUCGAGGGACAUCACAGCGGUGGUGAAACAAGCCAGGGAUGUCAAAGAGCUUGUGGUCACGAUGGAGUUUGAUAUGGGGUUUGGGGCGGCUCGGAUGCAACAGAAGAGUCCUCACGGCCACGAACGCCUCUCUCCAGCCAACCUGCCAUAUAUUUUGCUGUACGCUGAUGACCGAGCCAUAGAUGAACCAAACAGUGUAGCCAUGUCGCUCCAGCGCUAUGGACCCUUUCCUGUAGGGGAGGAUGCGUCCGCCUCAGCCUCAAGGAUCCGGAGGGAGCUUCAGCACCAGAUCCACACAAACGACAUUCCAGAGGUCCACUUUAACACCUUAAAGAACCAUGAACUGUGGCAGAGCACCUUUUUCCCCGCCAAAUCCAAAGCAGCGGUCAAACCAGGAAGGAAGCUGGGUCAGGAAAGCAGCGAGGGCCUGAGUAAGGCCCAGGUGCUGAGCUUUGAUGAGCGGACAAUGAAGAAGGCCAGGAGGAGACAGUGGAGCGAGCCCAGGGUUUGCUCCAGGCGCUACCUCAGGGUGGACUUCGCUGACAUUGGCUGGAGCGAAUGGGUGUUGGCCCCAAAGUCGUUUGAUGCCUACUACUGUGCCGGGACCUGUGGAUUCCCCAUCCCUAAGGUGGUGCGUCCAUCCAAUCAUGCCACCAUCCAGAGCAUCGUCAGAGCUGUGGGAAUAGUCCCCGGUGUUCCCGAGCCGUGCUGUGUACCGGAGAAGAUGAGUCCUCUCAGCGUACUUUUCCUCGACCUGCACAGGAAUAUGGUGCUCAAAGUUUACCCCGGCAUGUCUGUGGAUACGUGUGCCUGUCGGUAGGGCAGGAGACACCAGAGCCGCUAGACCUGCAAUCAAUGUCGAUGAAAGGCAGUGAGGAGGACAUAACUAUAGAUUCAGCAUGAAGCAGGAAGGCAUCUUUCAGAUCGAAGAACAGUAGUGGUAAGACUCAGUGGGGACUGCUGAGAAAGCUUUGAAAUGAAUUGAUAUGACUGGCAGGGCUGUAGUUCUUUAGUCUGGUCUAGAGGACUUCUUUUUGACUUCUUAAACAGGUCUCUGCCAUGAUUGAACUCAGCUUUUUCCUGCUUAUUUAAUCAUUUUCAUAGAUCAAUUUUUCUCCACCUUUAUUUUCUUCCCGCUUUUAAAAACAACUCAAGAAAGUGCACUUAUAGAAACCUGUGUAUGUUAUGCUCCUCGGUGUUUAGUACAGAGUUCCUGCAGGUAGAGCUGUAUCUCUGUUGAUCUUUAACAAGCUUCUCUGGUACUUUUUUAGCUCGUGUUUUUGACCGUUUCAAUCUUGGAUGGGACUUGAGUUGCUCUGGUCUCACUCUGGACUCAAAACUCUACUGGACUUGGUUUGGGAAUUGGCUCAGGCUUGACUAAAAUGGUCUUGUCAGCAGCCCUUUUUAGUCUCUUAGGCCUAUUUUUGAUGAGUUCUAGACAGUGUGGGUUGCAUCAGUUUCCUCUCUAUGGUGUCUGCUGCUUGUCUCCAUCUCCGUCAAAUUCAACUGAAGUUUGAACAAACUGAUAAAGUGCACAUUGACUCGCAGACUCCGGAGGGUUUGGACACACAGCCUGCGUGGUGGUACACAUUCAUCCUUCCAAAUUAAGCAACCUUUGUCAUGUAAAUACUGUAGUUACUAAUGAAAACUAAAUGGUACUUGUUUUUAAGUCACUCCGAGUGACACACUGAACACCUCCCAUAUACUAGCAAGAAAUGUUAUUCAUGCAUGAGAGGUAAUAAUUUCUUUUAACUAUAUUUCCAUAGUUAUUUGUUUAUAUCUUGUAUAUAAUGAGUGUGCUUUGACAACAAUUGAGAUUUAAUUUAGCAGAACAGUGUGCAGCAUGUUUCUGCUUCAUGCUACAGCACAGAGGAAAGUAGUGUGUUGCUGCCACCUGCUGUGCAUUUUGGGAAAGUUGAAGGGACUUAUAAAUGAAAAGGUUCAUGUACUUCCUGUGGCUAUUCAGUAUUUUUCCUUAAUAGACAUAAAUACUGUGUAUCCAAAAUGACAUGUACAGUUUGUAGUAUGUACAGUAAUGAUAGUAGAUUUCCAUAAUAAUUAAAAGGGAUACAUGUAUCCACCCCUAUAACUGUAUGGCUAAAAGUGUAUUUGAAUAGUUAUAUGAUGUGUACUUUGACAAAUCAUAAAUAUAGUGUA